CAGUCUCACUUGCUACUAACGACGGUGAGAGGUCCAGUCCGUACGUCGACUUUGAGCUGCAUAAUGUCAGCGACUGAAUCCGGAGGGCGGGGAAGAGGCUCUGCACACACCCGGGCGCUGUACGCGAAGUUUUGGUGCCCAACUUAAGAGGUCCAGUACUGGGGUCAAAUCCUGAUCCUUGGGUUUUCUGGAUAGAGGCCUCAGCUUAUAACUUCAGAAGUUAGAAGUACGGCUCAAAUGCCUGGAAUGGAGGAUUCUCCUUUCCUUCAAAAUGGAGCCCAAAGGAGAGGCUGGCUACCAUGUUUCUGACUACAGGACACCAGGCAAAUAUGGGAAGUCUAGACCUAGAGCCACAAAAUCAACAAUAGAACAGCAGGGCAUUUUCAAAGAAGGUUCAUUUCAAGGAACAAAGGUGGAAGAAUUUACACAGAGAAAGUUUAUAUUGGGAGAUACCUGGAAAUCUAGAGGCCAGUUUAAGAAUUAGCUCAUAAGCCAGGAGAAAAAUUUGGGACAAAAUAUAGUCACCUACAUGAAAAUUUCUGCCAAAGAAAGAGCUGUAGAAUCUAAUGAUUUGGAAAUAAUUGAAAGAGAAAUACUUGUUUCAAGCAGAGUGAUUCUAUAGAAGAGCAUUGCCAUGAAUGUGGUACACAUGGGAAAAUGUUCAAACAAAACUCAGAUUUAAUUAUACAAAUAAAUGUGAUGGAAAGGAACCUUGUGAAUGUAGUGCAUUUGAGAAAACCUUCAGAGACCACACUGCCCUCAUUCAACAUCAAGGAAGUCAUACUGGAGAAUGACCCUAUACGUGGAACGAAUGUGGAAAGAAAUUUAACCAGAGUUUCCAUUUAACAAACCAUGUGAAGACUCAUACUGGAGAAAAGCCCUACAAAUCCAAUGAAUGUGGGAAGGCCUUCAGUUAUUGCUCAGUCCUUAAUCAACAUCAGAGAAUUCAUAGUGGGGAAAGGCCUUACGAGUGUACUGAAUGCAGCAAGGCAUUGAGUCAUAGCACAUACCUUACUCAGCAUCAAAGAAUUUGCACUGGUGAAAAACCAUAUAAAUAUCUGGAAUGUGGAAAGGCUUUUGCCCAAAGCACACAUCUUACUUUACUUCAAAGAAUUCAUACUGGAGAGAAACCUUAUGAAUGCAAUGUAUGUGGUAAAACCUUUAGUCAGAGUGCACAUCUUACACAACAUCAAAGAAUUCACACAGGAGAAAAGCCCUACAAAUGUAAUGAAUGUGGAAAAGCCUUCAGUGAUCACUCAGCUCUUAUUCAACAUCAUAUUGUACAUACUGGAGAGAAACCUUUUGAAUGUAAUGACAGUGGUAAAGCUUCCAAUUACUGUUCAGACCUCAUUCAACAUCAGAAAAUGAGUACUGGAGAGAAACCAUACAAAUGCAAUGAAUGUGGGAAUGCCUUCAGUGAUUGUUCAGCCCUUAUUCGGCAUCAAAGGACUUACACUGGAGAGAAGCCCUAUGAAUGUAAUGAAUGUGGGACAGCCUUUGGUAACUACUCAGCUCUUAUUCGACAUAAAAGAACUCAUACUGGUGAGAAGCCAUUUGAAUGUAAGGAAUGUGGGAAAGCCUUCAGCAGAAGUAAAUACCUUACUCAACAUCAGAGACAUCAUUCAGGAGAGAAGCCAUAUAUUUGUAAGGAAUGUGGGAAAACUUUUACCCAGAGUUCAUUCCUUAUACAACACAUGAGAGUUAAUUCCUUAUACAACACAUGA